AUGCCCGGAAUGGGAAAAGUAAGUGCUGCGAAUGUGGCGGCACAUAUGAAGUCCAGUUACCCUCAAGUCCGUCUCGCGUUGGUUGUUGGUAUCUGCGGUGGAGUUCCUGUGCUGCCGUCCAGUAAGACUUCAAUUCUUUUAGGCGAUGUCAUCAUCAGCAAUUCGGUUGUCCAAUAUGAUUAUGGUCGACAGUACCCAAACGGUUUUGAGCGAAAGAAAGACGGCCUAGAUACACUAGCAAGGCCAUGUCAAGAGAUCCGAGGCCUACUGCAGCUCUUGGAAACCCACAGAGAACGCCAAACCUUCCAGAAUGACGUUAUCCAGUAUCUCGAGGUACUGGAACAAUCACGGUCAAUUUGGAAAUAUCCAGGCAAUACGUGCGAUGUUCUAUUUCGGGCUUCUUAUCAUCACAAGCAUCGUCAGCAGGCUGCUUGUGUGGAAUGCAUAUGUCUCAACAAUGAAGGCCCUGAUCAGAUAUGCCAGGAGGCUCAAAAUAGUAGUUGCGACAGCUUAGGGUGUGAUGAGGAGGGCAUUGCCCGUCGCCGAUCUGAUAGUUUGCAUACAGCCACGCCAUCAGUUCACAUUGGAAAGGUUGCCUCUGGUGACAUGGUUAUGAAGUCUGGAGCGCAUCGUGACAGGCUGGCAACUGAUGACAGCGUUAUUGGCUUCGACAUGGAAGGGGCAGGGGUAUGGGAUGAAUUGCCAUGCAUCAUCAUCAAGGGCGUAUGUGACUAUGCAGAUAGCCACAAGGAUAAAAGUUGGCAAGCAUAUGCCGCAGCAACUGGCGCAUCAGGCGCAAAAGCUUUCUUGCGGUAUUGGAGUCCUGCCUCCGAUGAAGAUGCAAAGCCAAAGAACCCUCACUGGAUGGUCCCUUUUGAGAGGAAUCUACAAUUUGUUGGCCGUCAGAAUGAGAUUGCGGAGCUAGAAAGAUUGAUAAUAGAGAGGCAAGGCCCAAGCAAAAUCGCGGUUAGCGGAUUGGGAGGGGUUGGAAAGACCCACGUUGCACUGGAGCUGGCUUAUCGUGUUCGAGAAAGAGAUGUUGACUGCUCGGUUUUCUGGAUCCCAUGUACUAGUCCUGAAAUCAUUGAGCAGACUUACAUGGACAUCGCCCAGAUGCUUGGAAUGCAAGAUGUUAAACCAGCAGAAGCAAAAGAGCAAGUCAAGGCAUAUCUUCGUCAUAAGGACGAUCUGAAGUGGCUUCUUAUCUUCGACAACGCAGAUGAUAUGGAUAUGUGGAUCAAGGGGAGCAAUGGGGCUCCAGCACUUAAGGACCUUAUACCUCAAAGUGAACAAGGUCGAAUCCUCUUUACUACUCGUAAUAGAAAGCUUGCUGUAAAGCUGGCCUCCCGUGAGAUCGCGAUCUCCGAGGUAGAUGAGGAGACUGGUGUGAAGAUGCUAGAAACGGCACUGCCUGGGGAAGACGUGAUAAAAGACCGCGAAACCGCCGUGGCCCUAUUGAGUCAGCUGACCUUCCUGCCCUUAGCAAUCAUGCAAGCAGCGGCAUUCAUCAAGGAAAACACCAUCAGCCUUGGAGACUAUCUAACUCUGCUACAGGAGCAGGAACCAGAGGUGGUGGAGCUUCUGAGCGAAGAUUUUGAGACAGAAGGGCGUUAUCAGGAUGUCCCCAACCCGGUAGCAACUACCUGGUUAGUUUCAUUUCAGCAAAUCCAGCAGAUUGAUCCACUGGCUGCUGAGUAUCUCUCGUUCAUGGCUUGCGUCAACCCACGAAAUAUACCACAGUCACUCUUGCCACCAGCAAAGUCCAAGUUAAAGCUGGUGAACGCCCUCGGGCUUCUCAGUGCCUAUUCAUUUAUUUCUGGCCAAGCCAGGGAUAGCCCUCUUAACCUUCAUCGACUUGUACAUCUAGCGACUCGCAACUGGAUGAGGAGAAACCAGCAAUUCACCCUGUUUAUCUGCAAAACAGCAGAAAGGCUUAGAGACAUUUUCCCCGAAGGUGACCACGCAAAUCGGGUUCUGUGGCGGACAUAUUUACCACACGCACUGGCUUUGUUAGAAGAGGAUGCGUUUAAAGGUCAGCAAGAACAAUACAUAGACUUGCUUGAAAAUGUUGGUGACUGUCUGGUCAGUGACGGGAGAUACAAUGAGGCAGAAGCGCUGCUUUGCUACGUCAGAGACAUACGGCAGAAGCGAAAUGGGGAAGCACACCUUUCAACUCUGACCAGCAUGAGCAAAUUAGCAUCAGCAUACUUUGGCCAAGGUCGAUACACGGAAGCGGAGGCGCUCAAUAUUCAUGUGUUAGAGACCAGAAACCAGAUACUGGGUCCAGACCACCCUGAUACCCUGACCACUAUGACUGUCCUAGUGGUGAUAAACCGGCAGCAUGGACGCUUUAAACAAGCAGAAGAGCUCAUUAUGAAGGUACUGGAUAGUCAGAGCCGAGUGCUAGGUUCUGAACACCCCUCGACUCUGAUCAGUACAUCCAGACUGGCAUCAGUUUAUCUGAUGCAAGGACGAUAUAGACAAGCUGAAGAGCUGUUUACGCAAACGAUGGAGAGAAUGAAGGUGGUGUUGGGCCCUGAGCAUCCUGCUACUUUGUCUACAAUGAACAGACUAGCCACACUCUUGAAAACCUGGGGGGCAAAACCCCAAUUGAAACUAGCGGAAGAGCUGGAGAAGGAAAUGAUUGAGACCCAGAAGAAAGUAUUCGGCCCCAGACAUCCAACAACCCUGAUCGGCAUGAAUAACCUGGCAUUGACAUACUGGCACCAAGAAAAAUGGCAGCAAGCAGAAGAGCUCGGGACAGAAGUAAUUGAGGCCAAAAGGCAACUGCUUGGAUCGGAACAUCCAUUCACUCUGACCAGUAUGAAUAACCUGGCAAUGAUAUAUUCCCAGCAGGCCAAAUGGAGACAGGCAGAGGAGCUGGUGACCCAGACACUGGAAAGCAAGAAGAAUGUAUUAGGCUCCGAGCAUGUUGACACGAUAACCACCAUGUUGAACCUCGCUCAUAUUUGGAGACAAACAGGCAGACACAGAGAUUCUAUUCGAUCCCUGGCUGAGUGUGUCCGACUCCGUGAAAAGCAGCUAGGUCCCAAGCAUCCUCAUACGGUGAGAGCGAGAGAUAUACUCAGUCAAUACGAGGAGGAACUAGACCAGGACGAGAGCCAGGAAUCAAGCUGUAGUGGCAAAAAGCCAGUGUGUACCCAAUGCCUCCAGCACAAUCGGAUAUGUGACUGGCCUGAGCAGCUUAAACGUGGUCCUGCAAAAGGCUAUAUAGAGUCCCUAGAGCACCGGUUGCAUGAAACAGAAAACGUCUUGCUUAAAGUGCUCUCUCAGAUCUCGGACGCUCAGCUGUCCACCAGUAUCGCUCAAGGCCAGCAGUACAGAACGAGAAACAGCAAUGGCCACUUGCUGUACUCCCCAGUGCCCCGUCUAGGGAGAAGAGGCGCGGAGUACUGGAAAAGAUUUCCCCUGGAUACCCCCCACAAUGUCCGGGAAUGGCAAUAUGAUUGUCUAGAUCAAGGUUUAGAACCUUCAACGCCUAGCAUCUCUGAUAAUAAUACCAGUCUGCAAUUAUCAGGAGCCGAGUUUGCUGAAGAAACGAUCCUUGAGCCAAGCAAUCAACGCGAGCCAUCCGAAUACCCAUCUUCGGACAUGUCCCAGACUGAGUUCAACACCAAACAAGGUGAAAAGAACGGCAUACCACUUUCCCCUAAGACUACAAGCCCGUCACCUCCCAAUUACAGCAGAAAAUCCCGAAAGCCAUACCUUACAAAAGCAUUUCGAUCCGUGCAGAGUGAUGCAGGGCCUCGGACGAGGCACCAUGCCGUACAGGCCCAGCCAGAGAUCCUAGAAGGGCUCACUACCACGCCGCAGGAACCCAAUUUUUGGAGUGGGGCGCCAUCUGUCAACUUUCAACAACAGUUUCUCUGGUAG